AUGUUAAGUGCAAUUGGUAUGGACUUGAGCAAGAAUGAGUUGAAUUCAUUCCAGUCAAAGCAGUUAGAGGAACUGAUACUGUCAUACUCUGAUAUUGUCUCCAAGAACAAGAGAGAUUUAGGAAAGUACAAGCUCGGAGUGAAACAUCGCAUCCAUCUAAAGCAAGAGGCUGUCCCGGUCAAACAGCCUUUAAGACGAAUCCCAUUUGGAUAUCAAGAGGAAGUAAGAAAUUAUCUGAAAACAAUGCUUAAUAAUGGUGUCAUUGAGAAAUCGUCAUCAGAAUGGGCAAGUAACCAGUUACCCCUUGCCUAACAUUACUGAGACACUAGACCGUUUAGCAGGAGCUUCAUUUUUCACCUCUAUAGAUAUGACCUCAGGAUACUAUCAAGUGGAGAUUGCAGAUGAGGACAAAGACAAGACAGCUUUUACAUCACCAUAUGGACUAUAUCAGUAUUGCAGAAUGCCGUUUGGACUUGCAGGUGCAUCAGGGACCUUUCAAUCAGUGAUAGAAGAUAUGGUACAGGUAUUAGACACGGAGGACAUGAUAGCAUAUUUGGACGAUGUGAUCUGUUUUCAUCGUACCUUUGAAGAACAUUUAGAAGGAAUUUCCAGAUUGUUUCAGAUGAUCAGGGAUUCAGGAUUUAAACUGUCAUGUAAAAAGUGUCAAUUUGCUACCAGUUCUGUAAAGUUUCUGGGACACGUUAUUGACAAGUCAGGAGUGUGA